ACGUUUUUCUUCAGAAUCAAAACAACCAGUAAAAGCUUUUUCACUUUCAUCCUCUUCUUCUUCUUCUUCUUCUUCUUUCUUCAUCAGUUUCAGUUCAGAACUGUUUGAAGAUUUGAAGAUAUUUUAACUCUUAGCGUUUGUUUUGAUUCAAAAUGGCAACCAGCAUGAUGAAGUUUGUGGCUCUUUUACUUUUGGCACUCUUUGCCAUCUCCAUGAUCGAAUCUACUCAGGUUUUGGCCAGAGGAAAUAAUUAUGGACCAGGAACCGUGCAACCAUCCCAAUGCAAAGCGAGAUGCUCGACGAGGUGUAGCAAGACAAAGAACCAUUUCCCAUUCUGCAUGGAAUCAUGCAUGCCCUGCUGCAAGAGAUGUGCCUGUGUGCCUCCAGGUUUUUCUGGUAACAAGCCCGUUUGCCCUUGUUACAACAACAUGAAGACCCACAGAGGAACACCAAAGUGCCCAUAAGUAAAUGAAGAAGAUGAUGAUCUUGGCUCACUUGAUCUACAUUAAUCUUAAGUGUCUUCGGUUAAUUAGAUCGUAUCUACUAUAUAACUACUUAAUUACCAGUAUACUAAUAGUUUGUUUUUAUGUAAUCCAGUCAGUGAUCUGUCAAAAUGCUCAAUCACUGUUGAGUUUAUUUGUGGUUUCCGUUUAUUUCGUAAAGGGGAAUCAUGUCACUCCGGGGAGUAUUAAAUGGUUUUGUAAUAUAUACUCAAAAUGAGAGUGGGCAUAAAUGGUUUCCUCUUUGUAACGUUUGUUCUUUAUCAUCACUAUGUUAUAAACUUUUUGUCUGUGCUACUGAAAUA